UCUAUCACCCUCUGAGUUUCAUUCGUUGUCAACUAAACCAAAAUUCAAACAACCUGAUGAAUGAUUUAAAGUAAUUCAAUAAAAUGUAUUGAUUAACGAGCACCGUCAGUUGAAUUGUCGCGUAGUUUCGUUAUAAUCAGUGCCUUUAUUAUGUGAUAAUUGAAAAGGAAAGAAAAUGUUUCGAAGGAAUAAAAAGGAACACAAAGCCAAAUUAGAACACAAACUCUAUUUGGCUCGUGAAACCCCAGAACCAAUAUUUGAUUUAUCCGAAUGCGGCUUAGAUGCCGUUCCUUCAGGGAUAUAUUCAUUGUGUCGAGUUUUUUUGAAGGAAUACUUAAAACUGGAGAAUAAUAAUUUGUCGUCGUUAAGUGGAGGAGGAAAUUUGCAAGAUUUGUCCGGCUUAAAACUAUUAGAUAUUCAUUGUAAUGAAUUUACGGAAUUACCGAAUCAAAUAGAGUGGCUGACUAAUCUAAAGGUGUUAUAUGCCAACAAUAACCAUAUAAAGAAGCUACCUGCAUCAUUGUGCAAUUUAAUAAAUUUACAAAUACUAGAUCUUUCAAACAACAAGUUACAAAUGCUGCCGGAUAAUUUGGGAAAUUUAAAACAAUUAAAAGAAUUACAUUUAAAUGGAAAUAAACACUUGAAAAAGCUCCCCAAGACUACAUGUCAGUUAAAAAGUUUAAUUAAAUUAGAAUUGGAUAUUCCACAUUAUAUUUAUCCACCUCAACAUAUUCUAAAUAUAGGGCUUAAGGAAAUCAUGGACUAUAUUCAUGCUGAUAAUGAUUGUUCAUGUGACAAAAAUAAACUUGUAUCAAGUAAUCCCGCCUUAGAAGAUAACAAAUGUGAUGAUUAUCUUAAUUUGGAUGAAUUAAAUUUUCAGGCUAAAAUGUGGCAGCUUGAAAAAAUAAAGGAACAAAAACGUUUCGAAUUCCUCGAAAUCGAGCGUCAAAACGAUUUGAUGCAAAAACAAGAAUUGGAGUUGGCUAAUGCGAUGAAAAUCGACAAGAAAAAAUUAUUAGAAGAUAUAACGGAACAACAAAAUAAAUUAGAUCACCAAUUAAUAAAGAUUCAUAAUGAAAGAGAAAUCGAUCGGUUUCGUUUAAUGGAACAACUCCACGAUGUCGAAGAAAACGCAGAUGUUGCAAUAAAUAAAUUAUUAACGUCUAACCGAGAACCAUUGGCGUAUCUUAUAGAACAAGAACAAGUUUUCGAGGAAAAAAUGUUACAAGCAGCUCUAGAAUCCAACAGCCAAUUGUUGUGCAAACAAGAUAUUUUAAGUGCCAUGCAAGAACUUAUCGAAUACGAAACUGCCAAAUUCCAAGAGUUUUCUAGUAACAAAAAUGAAAUUACUCGAAGUAUUUUAGAAGAGGAAUUGAAAAACAAUCAACAUUUAACGGAUUUAUUGGAAUCGCAAAAUUUAAGACAAUCAGAAUUAGUUGACACCUUACAAAACGAUAGCGAAUUACAAAAAGCAGCCGUUGGGACUUUAUUGGAGAAAAGCGAUGCGAGAAUUUGGGGUUUGGUACAACAAGUUCGUCUGGUUGAGUCUCAAUUGGCCGCUUUAACUUCAAUUGAAUUAGAUAGAAAGAAAUUAAAAAUUGACAAACAAAUUAAUGAUUUAGCGGAAAAAAGAUGUAACCUCUCUUUAUUAUUAAUGCAACUUCUUGAAGAACAAAACGUAAGAAGAACUCAAUUAUUAUCAACGAUAAAAACGUUAGAAUUGAAUACUGAUAAUUCUGAAGAUUAUUGGUUGAGACAAUACCAACAAAUUUUGGAUCAUUUACCAAAAGGAAUAGUCGAGGCUCAAAACAACAUGAACCCAAAUUUAGUUGAAGCGUUAUUAAUGGAAGGGGUGUUACAUUGUAUUCCGUUUUUAUCGAAAUGGGCCAAUGAUGAAACCACCUUAUUAAACGUAACUGCAGAAGAACUUAAAGCUGCUGGUAUCAACAAUCAAGAAGACUGCACAAAUAUUUUAAAUGCAUUCCAUUUGUAUAAUAAACAAAAAUAUCAAACAACCCAAGUGGAUGGUGAUAAAUUACCAUCAGCUCCAAUUAUGGAAGUUGAAGAAGCGAGUGCGCCACCCGAAGACUUCGUAGCUUUUGUAUCAUCAGAAUGUGUUAUUUGUUUACAUCUAGCGUGUCAAAUAAUCUUUGUGCCAUGUGGUCACUUUUGCUGUUGUAAUAAUUGUUCGUUAUCAGUUAGUGAUUGUCCACUUUGCAGAUCAACUAUUAAACAUAAAAUUAGGACAGCGACGUCUUAGCAUGAUGAAAAAAUCAACAUUAAUUUUAUUGAUACAUAACAUAUAAAUACAACUUUAUUCUA